UGCUGUUGAUGCAGGUUGGCACUGGGGCUCUUGGCUCUGCCGAGGGAGGGUGAGAGGCGAUCGGAGGAGCCAAGAGAAGUUUGUGGGGCCGUGUGUGUUUGUGAGGAGCACACGGCAUAUGUGUAAUACUGCAGUCAGCCGUGUUACACCGUGUAACACUGCAGUCAGCUUUCUCCCACGGAAUGAGGCUCAGGCACUGCUCUCCCUCCCUCUCUUUCUCUUUCUCUCCUCUCCCUCCCUUCCUUCCUCCCUCCCUGCUUCCCCUCCUUCUCUGCUUCCUCCCUUCCCCCUCCUCUCCUUCCUGUCUCUUUUCCCUCCUUUUCUCCCCUCCCCCGCAACCAACCUAGCAGGAAGAAAAUGCAUUGAGUCGUCGUUGCUGGGUGUUUAUAGAACCCAGGCCAGUCUCAGGGCUGCCUCUUCCCACCCCUCCAGGCCUGUGGGGCAUCACAGAAAACGCCAGCAAGAUGGACGGCCCCGGCAAUGUCUCACUGGUUCAUGGUGGCACCACACUGGACCUGCCAGAGUACAAGGUGGUCUCGGUCUUCCUGGUGCUCCUGGUGUGUACCCUGGGCAUUGUGGGCAAUGCCAUGGUGGUCCUGGUAGUGCUGACCUCACACGACAUGCACACGCCCACCAACUGCUACCUGGUGAGCCUGGCUCUCGCUGACCUAAUUGUGCUGGUGGCUGCGGGCCUGCCCAAUGUGUCUGACAGCCUGGUGGGGCACUGGAUCUACGGACAUGCUGGCUGCUUGGGUAUCACCUACUUCCAGUAUCUAGGCAUCAAUGUCUCCUCCUGGUCCAUCCUGGCCUUUACAGUGGAGAGGUACAUCGCUAUUUGCCACCCAAUGAGAGCACAGACUGUGUGCACCGUGGCCCGGGCCAAACGGAUCAUCGCUGGCAUUUGGGGGGUCACAUCCCUGUAUUGCCUCCUCUGGUUCUUCCUGGUGGACCUCAAUGUCCGUGAUAACCAGCGCCUGGAAUGUGGCUACAAGGUGUCUCGAGGCCUCUACCUGCCCAUCUACUUGCUGGACUUUGCUGUCUUCUUCAUUGCACCUUUACUGGUGACCAUUGUGCUCUAUGGGUUCAUUGGGAGGAUCCUGUUUCAGAGCCCAUUGUCCCAGGAGGCCUGGCAGAAGGCGAGGCGGUCUCAUGUGCAGGGCGAGGGUGCACCAGGCAGCUGUUCUACGUCCAAGGGCUCCAUGCCCUCCAGGAAGCAGGCCACCAGGAUGCUGGCCGUGAUCGUCUUGCUUUUUGCAGUGCUGUGGACCCCUUACCGCACACUGGUGCUGCUCAACUCUUUCCUGACCCAGCCUUUCCUGGACCCCUGGGUCCUGCUGUUCUGCCGCACCUGUGUCUACACCAACAGUGCCAUCAACCCUGUCAUCUACAGCCUUAUGUCCCAGAAGUUCCGGGCGGCCUUCCUGAAGCUCUGCUGCUGUGGGGCUGCUGGGCCACAGAGGCCGUCAGCACGAGUCAUCACCGGUAACUCCAGUGCUGCCCAGGAGACCCCAUUGGGAACAGAGAAGAUGCAGCUGGGCUCCAAUGAGGCCUCAGGACCCACGGCAGCUGAUGCCCUGAAUUGUCAGCAAGAGCCCCACUACAGUGUGCUCUGAGGACCCCUGCCUGGCCCCUGACUCCACUCCCUGGGUUGGCUUACUCCCUGGCCUGGUUGGCAUCCGCCCUGAGCACUGGUGGAUCACCAGGAGAGGGGCAAAUAGCUCCUCGCUAAUGGGCCUCCAGAAGUCCCUUCACCAUGAAGGAGGACAAUGUUCCCAGCUGGACCCUGUGUGGGUAGUUCUUUACUCUGAAGUGAGGCCAGUGGGAGCAGAGAAGAAGUGGGAAGCCCAGCCUUCGUGCCCUGUAUGAGCAAAAACUUUUUAUCUGUUUUCACUCAGUACUUUAAGCAUCUUUUGUGGGUGUUACUGAAGGAAUGUGCUUCCAGGCUUUGAUGGCAUCUGUCCCUUGGUGAGACCACACACACAGGUUUCAGAAGUGGCCACUGGACAGUAGGGUUCCAUAGAAUGGGUGUCCAGCAAGUCACAUUGGCACCCAGGGCUGCUCCGGGAAGUCCAUUCCUAACCCCAGCACUCCUUCCAGUCUUCCAAUCCGGUGAACAGUCUUGCUAGAGACCCCACCAAGCAGGCUCAUCUACCACAGAUGUUCUCAAAGGGGCUGUUUGUCUUCCUAACCAGCAUCAUCAUGAACACACCUCCGUGUCUUUGGCCCCAAAUGUGUCAGCCUGGCUCUCUGGCUCCACUCUGCCAGUCGCUGUCCUGUGUGCUGUCUUCACUGGAGGCACACUGCAGACUCAAAGGUGAAGUGGUAGAAAAAGCCUCUGGGGACACAGCCCCCUCACUGUCCACAGGACCGCUGGCUGAGCCUGAGGACGUCAGGCCUCCACGUCCCACCCUGAAAAUUCGGUCAGUGACCGUACCUUGGUCCGGGUACCCCAAGGCUGAAGGACUCAGUAGCAAAGAUGCUUCUACAAGCAGGGGUGAUUGGAGACCCCAGGAAGGCAGGAAAUGGGAGGGGGUUGCUUGUGGGGAGGUGUGUGGUUGGCCCAAGUGACUCAGCAGUUUCUGGCUUCCUGGCUGGAUGCGGCCCUAGUGACUCAUCCCUGUUCUGGGGAGCUGGGGUGCUCCAAAAUAGAUGUGGCUUUUUAGGGGCUCUGGUUGCUGAGUCUGGGCUGGUGGGGCAGGGCAUUUAGAACCUCAGGGGGAAGAAAGGGCAUUACCAGGAGGAAAGCCCUCGAAAAGGUUGAGGAUGCCCAGGGCAGCUGGAGCCCUAUCUCAGGCCUCCCCCUGUCACUCUUUCCAGCCCGAGAGGCACAUUUUCUGGGGUAGACAUUGCUCCGCCCUCCACCUGGGCUGGCUGGUGCUGCCACCCUUUGAGCAGGUGUUUCCUGAAAUACCCCAGGGGAUCUUUCUUCAAAGUCACCCCUUUACCCCGUGACUCAAAACCUUGCUGCUCUUCCUUACCACACCCAUGUGACAUGCUGAUGGUGUCCCCUUGCUGAUGUGGCCACACAGAACUGACCCCCAGCUCUGCCCUGCCUCCUGCACCAUUGUCUGAGAUCAGAGCCUCUGUCCCGUGGGAGGUAGUGGCGGGGAUCGACAAAAUGGGGGACAAACGUGGCGUAGGCAGGGUCUUCCAUGCUGCCCUAUCUGCCUGUGUGAGCUGCAGGCACAGCCACAGCCCAGAGGUGUGACCUUUUUCUAGAGCUGUGGCCUCAACAAAACCCCCAUUGCUGCUUACGGGUCCCGUCCUAUCUUGUUUUUCCUAGGCAACCGUUCCCCUGAAGCCCGGCAUCAGCACCAACACGGCUGCAUGGCGUCAGCUGGAGGUACGCAGCCGCCACCUCACAUCACUGAACCUUACGCUGGCCUGUGCUUUAGUUAAGCUGGUCCAUGACGCUGAUAGCCAAGUGACGGUACCCACAGCUGUGGCCCAUGCUUGCUGACUCAGCUCUAUAUACCACCUUGCCCAGCGUCCCUCAGGGCAUCUGAGCACUGCCUCUGGCCCUCCCUGAACACCUCUCUCUCUUUUUUUUCCUAGUGCCACAGUGAGUUGGGUCCUUGGUUCUUUUUUUUUUUAAGAUUUAUUUAUUUAUUUAUUUAUUUAUUUAUUUUGUAUAUGGUGUUCUGCCUUCAUGUAUACCUUCAGGUCAGAAGAGGGCACCAGAUCUCACUAUAGAUGGCUGUGAGCCACCAUGUGGUUGCUGGAAAUUGAAUUCAGGACCUCUAGAAGAGCAGCCUGUGCUCUUAACCUCUGAACUAUCUCUCUAGCCCCUGGGUCCAUGGUUCUUGUACCAUGUCAAGAAACAAUCCAAGCUGCUCCUGGACACUAGCAGAAGCUAAACUGAGCGGCACCCCUAGGCCUAGUGAAAGUUCACUGAAAGGAUGGAACUUGGUCAAGACGGGAGUCCACAGUGCAGAGCUGGAGGAGGGCCCUAUCACUGCCCUAAACUUUUCCCUCCUGCCUUCAGGGUGGAGUUCUGGAGUUUGAUAACUCCAAGGGCCUUGUAACUUGCUGUAUACUGCACAAGUCUCUGCCUAGAAGGGACCUGCAAAGUCCAUCGAGGUCAGAAUAGCAACGCUAAUGACACUUUAGUGAGCUUUGGUUCACAGGAGCUGGGGGCUACCUGGUGGAGCCCAGCUCUCUGCAUUCACCAGGAAGUAGCUGAAGCAUCCUUCCCCACAAAGCUACAAGUAUAAAAUGCUACACUUCCAGGAUCCUGAAUUUUAACUCCUUCUUACCCCGCUCAUGUCUGCCUAAGUACACAAUCACUGACAUCACUGUGCAUGGGGAAGUGACAGCAUUCUGAGCAUCUCCAAGCCUGGGCAGAGACACCCACCAUCAGUCUGGAGCUGCCUGAAAAGGAGACGCCUGCUCAGCUGGGACAGCGCCAGAAAGCAGCUGUCUGCAGAUCCUGGGCUCUGCGAGAGCUGUGCUCCGUGCACAGGACAGCAGUUACGGGGACACUGGGGCGGUGGUCUUUGUCAAAUGUGAAACUGAAAAUCACAUCAUGACAGACAGACUCUUUGGAGACUUUGCCUCUUGGUGCUAUGCAUUCGGUAGUUCUCACUUUCUUGAGUGGACUUGGGUCUUGUAGGGCCCAGUUCAGAUUAUGGCUAGGCAGAGCUCUUGAGGUCAAAACCGCUCCAUGUCCUAAGACCAUUGUGCUUCAACUCUUGUGUCCAGCUGUGGCCUGCCAUAGCUUCUCUUUUGUAGGGAAGGAGGUCAGUGGCUACACCCUCUCUUGGCUUGGAAAGCUUCGUUUGGUAAAGCUGCUGGUUGGUUGGUGAGUGCUGUCGAGGCCUAUGGAGUCCUAUUACACUGUAUUUUCUUCUUUGGCAGGUGGGCUUAGGCUCUGGUGUGGGAUGGUAGGCAGCGGCCCAGCCGUGCAUGGGUCCUGUAAAGGGUGCUUUUGUUUGGCCACUGUGGAUUCCUGCCUCAGAAGCAGGCUGCCUUGGACAUGAUGAAUGCCCUGGAGGGUAAGUACCAUGGAGCAGACCCCAAGGGUCCCUCAGGCCCUAAAGCAGAGCCUGUUCUCACUUGUGGCAAGAGCUCCACCCUGAGGCGGCAGCUGAGGACCCACGAAUGCAAAGAUUCAGAGAAAGACGUGGGAGCCUUCUUCAGGACUGCCUAAUAACACACAGGCAUUUGCAGACGUACGCAUGUGCUCAUGUGUUACUUAAAGCCUUUUACAGAUACGUGAGCUGUGCUUGGAAUAAGCAUAGGCAGCCUGUCUUAGGCAUGCUUUCCCUGGAGGCCAGGUGACCACGGAUGCCUGCUCCCAAGCUUGGGCUCUGGAACCUUCUCAGAUCACAGCAGUCUGCAAACACCUUGUUUCUCCCCUAUGGGACUCAGGAAGCUGCAGGUCCUCCGUGGUCAGGAAUGCCCACCCAGUCACAGUCACUCAGAGCAUCCCUGAAAGAUGCUGGUCUAUUCCACAGCAUGGUGGUCUCCCCAUCCUCCCCAAGGAGACUGGAUGCUUACUCGGGACGUUCCACAGAGGCGUAGAUGAAGCCUGUGAGACAUGUGGUCUAGAGACACAGUAAUUAGCCUUCAAGCACGGGGCCUGGCAGCCCAUUUGUCACCGCAGUUCAUCUUAGAGCCAUCUAGGUAAUUGGAAGGUCAUCAGUAUGGGUAUUGAAGGAUUUAAAGGAAUAUUAGCCCUCCUCAUUUCCCUGCAGCUUCUGGGAGCUGCAGAUGCUGGAAGACAAAGUACCUACUAAUCUUUUCCUGCGUGUUCUAGUUGGCUCUACAAGGGCAAACAGGAGUCAAAAAUAAAAAAAGUAAGCAAGGGCUCUUAAGUGCGGAACCAUUUCUUCAGCCCUCUGUGUCUAUUUUAUGAAUCUUUUUUUUUUUUUAAGGCAGGUUUUUGCUAUGUUGACCAGGGUGACCUUGAACCCUAAAUCCUCCUACCUACAGCUCCCGAGUGCCGAGACUGUAGUCAUGCUCAACUGUGCCGAGGAGAGUUCUCAAGGACUUAGGAGCUGCCCUUCUGAAUGUUGAUCAAAAGCUGGGGUUCUGUCUCACUGUGUCUGGCAAGGGAAGCUCAUGAAUGGACCAGGGAAGGGCAGAUGUUGAGGGACAGAGGGGCAGGAAAUACACAGGGCUUGCCAGGUGGCCAUCUGUGCUCUACUUUGCUGUCUCUGGCGGAUGGGGACUUGUGAAACAUUGGUGGGACAGUACGGGGAAGAUGACAGCUGAAAGGGACCACAGAAGGAUGCCCUAGGAUGAAGCCUGGGGCCUAGGGAGGCCUCGCAGAGGACACACAGCAGCUCUGCACCAGCACUGAGAUCGAAAGCAGGCAGCGCCAUCUGGUUUUGAUUCCCCUAAGACCCACGGGGGCGGAAGACAGAAACAGCUGCUGUUCUGGGGAGGUGUUGAUUUGAUUUGGGAGGAGGCAGGGAAGGAAGAGAAGUGAAUAAAAGGUACAAUAUGGGGACAGGACCGUCUGACUUGAGUCCACUGGGGAGCUUACCCACAGCUGUGUGAGCUUUGUCCUCCCCAUCCGUCCUACCAAGUACAGAUAGCAUUUGCCUUGACCCCCAUCAACCAGGGAGGAUGGUUGAUGGCUGUAUCAAACCUCUAUUCUUGUGACCCCCAUCCUGGGCAGAGAAGAGCUAUGUAACUUAGGCCCUGAGCACCCACACACAGCAACGGGUUGGAGUGGGACCAAGAUCCAUAGUGGGGCACACAGAGAAUCCGCUAUAGACACCACACGUCGAGGCCCUUAGAGCUCACUGUCCUUGACCUUGAGUGCAAUGAAAGGUGUGGACAAGGCAUGUUCAGAGCAGAAGCUGUGGCAGGUCGUGCCCCUGUGAUGAUGGCUGCUCAGGGAGUGAGACACUUGGUGUCCCCUAAGUGGCUCGUGAGUGACAUGGAUGAAUGAGGAGCAGAGGCUCAGCUGCCCUACAUGGACUACAGAAAGCUGGCCUCACACAGGUCACUCCCACUGAGAGGACCCACUGCAUCAGAUUGGCCGAUCCAAGCUCCUAUCUCUCUGCUGGAAAACCAAGGCCCUAGGAAGAGAUGGAACCUUCCUGUCUCUCUUAGCAAUGCUGUCCUGGUUCCCAAUGCUUGAUGCUUGCAAGAGUGACAGUCUGUCAUGGCCAGAUCCCCCAGCCUUGGGGUGCAGGGGCUUCUCUGCUGGUCUGGUUGGAACUGCAUCUACACAGCACUGUGGCAGGAAACUCCUGAAAGGGAUCAGGGUUCCUGGCCUCUCUAGAUCCCACACCCUGUGCUGGCCCUGAAGGUGCUCUUGACCCAGGACUCAAAGGUCAAGGUGGGAGGAGGCCAAGGGUUCAGCCAUGGGGCUCUGCCCUGCAGUGUAUUUCUAGUUUGAGUGAAGAAAACCAGAAUUCAGACUGAGUCCCAAUUGUUUAUGCUGUCCUGCUGACUGGAUUCAACACUGAAAAAGCCACUUGGGGAGAAGCAGGGACCAGGGGACCGACCCUCUUCGGCAUGAUGACGGGACAAGAAGAGGUGGCAGGGAGAGUCUUCCUGCAGGUUUGAGGGAUCAGGAAGUUGGGAGAAGCAGGGAUAGCUGAGGAAAUUAGAGCCCUCAGGGGCCUUUCUCAAAGCCUCCAGGGCUUUGGUGUUGCACAAGGCACAGGCAGGGCAUGCAAGGGUCUUCAGUCCUUAUUGUGCUUGUACCAGCUUCUCCAGGAACCAGCUGGCCGACACUGGUGUCUGUCUUUUUCUCAAGGCCUUACUUCCAGCUCUCCCACAGCCCCCUGGGUGUCUGGUCCCCACCUGCAGCCACCCCAGGCUUGAGCUUGCAGCCUCCACUCCGCAGACCCCCACUGGCUCUGCCAUGCACCCCCAUGCCAAGCAGGACAGUUUCUCUGCUCCCCACAGCAUGCCAUUCCACAUGCGCAUAAAUUAUCUUUUAAUUGAAAGGUUAUAAGCCCUUUAAUCUUGCUUAUUGUAGCUGAGAUGAUGUAUGUUUGUACAGCUUUAUUGGAUAAUGAAUGUCCUCGCCUCCCAAAUGCCCAUUUAGUUUGCUUUGCCGUGGCUGUGUGGGGGUGGGGCGGGCAGUAAAGGCCCUACAUCUGCGAUGCCUGAAAAAGGUGGCUUCAGGAGCCAGGGGGAUGCGUGGCUUAGUUGGUAAAGCGCUCACCACACAGGCACAGAAGCUGUUCACAACCAUCUGUUAACCCCAGUUCCAGGGAGUCUGAUGCCCCCUACUGACCUCUGUGGGAACUGCAUACGCACAAUGCGCAGACAUGGGGACAAAACAU